AUGCUGGUUGGAGAUUCAAUUAUGAGAAACCAGUGGGAAUCUCUUGUCUGCUUAGUACAGUCUGUUAUUCCCACUCAUCGUAAGAAGGUCACUUACAAUGGUCCUACAAUGUCUUUCCAUUCUCUGGAUUUUGAGACAUCAAUUGAAUUCUGUUGGGCUCCUCUGCUUGUGGAACUCAAGAAAGGAAAUGACCGCAUAAGAGUGUUACAUUUGGACUCAAUCGAAGACAAUGCUAGAUAUUGGCGAGGUGUCGAUGUUCUUGUAUUCGAUUCUGCUCACUGGUGGACUCACUCUCAGAAACGGAAUUCGUGGGACUAUUACAAGGAUGGGAACAAGCUCAUCAAAGCUAUGAAACCAAUGGUUGCUUAUGAAAGAGGACUUACCACAUGGUCUAAAUGGGUUGAGAUGAAUCUUGAUCCAUCCAAAACCAAAGUCAUUUUCCGCACCCUCUCACCGAGAGAGAGUGGUGAAAAAUGCUACAACCAGAGACAUCCCUUGCCUUCUUUUGCUUCUUCUUCAAACAAACUGCACGUUCCUCAACAGUCAAGAGUGUUGAACAAAGUGCUAAGGAGGAUGAAAUAUCGAGUGUACUUGCACGAUAUCACGACAAUGUCGGCGUAUAGGAGAGACGGGCAUCCUUCGGUGUUCAAGAGAGCAAUGCGCGAGGAAGAGAAGCACCAUAUAUCCGGACCUUCAUCGGAUUGCAGUCAUUGGUGCUUGCCUGGUGUCCCGGAUAUUUGGAAUGAGAUGCUUUCUUCAAUUAUCUUAACCAAAGUUGUAUCAUGA